CGUGACGUCUCCUGUCAGCUGUUCUUGUUGUGCUUGUUUUUUUCCCCCCGCGGGCUCUGGACCGACAGACGUUUCCGAAGAAAGCCCCGCUCUUCAUCCACAUCCAGCGGAGAAAACUCACCGCCCUCCUCCUCUUCCUCUCUUCCUCUCUUCCACAUCAGCUGAUCCUUUAUUCUUCCACAUUGGAGUCGCCCGCCGACAUCGAGCGAAGAGGUGCAGCCGAUCCCAGGCCUCCAGUCCAGGGCGGAGGGAGGGGAGGAGGUCGCUGGGUAUCGGGAUGGAGGUCGCAGAGGGAGCUGCAGAGGGAGCUGCCGGGCCGAGAGGAGCGGACGGGCCGGGGCUCAGUUUCGGCUGCGCCUCUUUCAACCAGGACUCCACGUCACUGGCUGUGGGAACAAAGACUGGCUACAAGCUGUUUUCUCUGACCAUGGUGGAAAAACUGGACUGCGUCCAUGAGAGCGAGUCUCCAGAUGUUUACAUCGUGGAGCGUCUCUUCUCCAGCAGUCUGGUCGUCGUGGUGAGCACCGCCGCGCCGCAGCGCAUGAACAUCUACCACUUCAAGAAGGGGACAGAGAUCUGCAACUACAGCUACCCCAACGACAUCCUCGCUGUCAAGCUCAACAGACAGAGACUGGUGGUGUGCCUUGAAGAGUCCAUUUAUAUCCACAACAUCAAAGACAUGAAGCUGCUCAAGACUCUGCUUAACACUCCGUCCAACCCCUCAGGUCUCUGUGCUCUGUCCAUCAAUCAUUCCAACUCCUACCUGGCCUACCCUGGAAGUGUCACCAUUGGAGAGAUCGUCGUGUAUGACGCCAACAAUUUGAACACAGUGACAAUGAUUCCAGCUCAUGACAGUCCUGUGGCAGCUCUCACCUUCAACGCCUCGGCCACCAAACUCGCCAGCGCCUCAGAGAGGGGCACCGUCAUCCGAGUCUUCUCCAUUCCUGAGGGCACGCGUCUCUUUGAGUUCCGCCGAGGCAUGAAGAGGUACGUCAGUAUACGAUCACUAUCCUUCAGCCCCGAUGGUCAGUUCCUCUGUGCUUCCAGCAACACGGAGACAGUACACAUAUUUAAACUGGAACAACAGGCACCAAGUGGAGCAGAGGAGGCUGCCACCUGGACAGCCUAUGUGGGGAAGGUGUUUUCCGCAGCCAGUAGCUACCUCCCUGCUCAGGUGUCUGGCAUGAUGAGCCAGGACCGGGCCUUUGCCACAGUCCACCUCCUCUCGUCAGACCAGAGGAACGUGUGCACCUUGGCUAUGAUCCAGAAGCUUCCUCGGCUGCUCGUGGCCACGGUCAGCGGCCAGCUGUUCAUCUAUGAUGUGGAUCCACUGGAUGGAGGCGAGUGCGUGUUGGUCCACAAACACAGGCUCUUUGGAGUUGAUGAUGACGACCAGGAUGAAGGACCAGAGUGGGAGGGAUCAGAAAUCACAGGUCAAGCACAAACCUGUCCAUCCUAUGCUGCCACGGCUGCCUUACCAGCCUCUGGACCAGUCACUGCCACACUUACUGGUUAUUCUGAGGAUGGAGGAGCAAAGAAAGGCGAAGUCAUUCCAGAACACGAGUUUGCUGCUGGCCCUGUGUGUCUGGACGACGAGAAUGAGUUUCCUCCUAUUAAUUGGUGCCGUGACGGGACUGGAGUCGGCACCGGGAGGCGCUCAUGAGUGGGUACAAGGACAGACAGACGGACAGACAGACAUGUUGUUUUUGAUCAGCAUUAACGUUCUCGUACGUACAUGGGAAGCAACACACCGGGACCACAGCUUGGUUCUCCUGUUACGUGAUGACUGUGUUAAGGAGAUGGUUCUGUUUUUUUUAAAGCGUAGAUGUUGAGGUUGCGCUGAGACACAGACGCUCUGAUCUGUCAGUGGGGACACAAGGAAAUAACGCUUCUCAACUUCCAACUGCAAAGUUUUGAUUCUUAAGGGUGACGACACUUGACCGCCACCUCGUCCAAGAUAGAAACAUCCAAAACUGUGUGUAAUGCUCGAGGUUUUAGUCACUUAACAAAAGACUUGUAUGUCUGUUUGAAUGGAUCUUCACUCUUUGCUCUUGUGGCUAAAUCACUUUUCUGAUUUGAAAAUCAAGUUUGUAAGUUGCUAGCGAUUUGAUUUCACUCUGUAGAAACUUCUGGCCAACGACAGAAUCUCCAGAAAAAAGGGAACCAAUCACAAACAGGGUUUUAUUUCCCCGGUGUAGAGACGUGGUCUUAGUGCAACAGAGGAGGAGCAGCUGCCUUUUGAUUUGGCCGUUGCUUCCAUUUUAAACAACUACUAGAUCGUAGCCAUCGCUGCUAUUUAAGUAGUGAUUUUGUCGCGGUCACCAAAGCGACGCGAUGCCAGAGGAUAAAUGUGUCGGACGUCUUUGACGUUGAUUCAUUAUGCUUUUCUGUGUUAAGUGACUCAGAUCUGUUUUUCCUUGUGUCCUCACCGUCCCCCAUCUUUUUUAUUUUCAGCACUGGCUGGUUUUUGCUUGACGUGCACUAACUGACGUCCACCUGUUCUUUUACCGUCAAACAAGAACGGGACAUAUUGGUUUGACUGAUCUUUAGUGAUAUUCACUGACCUCUUGCCACAUUUGUGCAUAAUCACAGGACACAGAAUAAAAUAAACUAUGUUUAAAUAUUU